GGUUUUCACCUGUGAAAUGGAAGAGAGUGUUGGGAAGGAUCUUGAAGCGAAACGAUCAGUUGCCACCGGCGACGACGCUUUAUCUCAGAGUGAUAACCUCGUGAUCGAUGUUUCGUCUUCUUCCACUCUUACUGACGAUCGAUCUUCAGGACUUGGGAAUGAGACAAGCUUUGAGCAAUUAGGACUUGAUGCUGAUAAAGCAGUGGACUUGGCUCACAAAAGUGAGCAGAUAGAACAAAUGCCUAAAUUGCUUGAAACACCAGAACCGGAAAAGACAGGGAAGAAUGCCAAGUUCAACUUACGCAAAAGUUUAGCCUGGGACAGUGCCUUUUUCACUAGUGAUGGCGUUCUCGAUGCAGAGGAGCUAUCAACUAUGAUUGAAGGAGGUGAGAAGGGUGUAAAACAUCAGUUACCAGGAAUUGAAGAGGAAGUAUACAGAUCAAUGGAAUCAAUCUCAACAUUAGAAAGUGAUAACUUGACACUUGAAUCUCUUGAGGCUGAACUAUUUGAAGACAUUCGAGCUUCAAUCCAGAAAUCUAAUAGAGCAUCUAACCUGAAUGAUUCAAGUAUCAAGGUGCCCUCAGGAAAGAAAGAUUCUCAAGCAAAAGCUAGCAACGCAUCAAAGAAGGUGGAUCUUGAUAAUGGAAAACGGCCGGCUGCAAGAAUCAAAGAUCAAACUUCAUUGAUUCCACAACCAAAGAUUAUCAGCAGAGUGAAAUCCACCUCAACAUUAACAACAAAAAGAGCUUCUUUAAGUGCCAGUCCUGCAAAAAAGGAUCAAGAUAUUGUGAAGCAAGCUCAUGUUAUCCAGAAAGGGACUCAACCAGCAAAGACAAGAACAGCACAAGGAUCAAAGAUAACUGGACUAAUUGGUCCUCGAAGGGGCGUGCCAAAACCUUCAUCAAAUUCCACAUCAUCUUCCUUAAGUUCUUCAGCUGCAGUCAAGAAAGAGCCCUCAAGACAAUCUUCAUCAUGCGGCAGUUCUGGUAGUUUUUCAGGAAAUGAUGUAAAGUCUUCAACAACUUUUUCACGAAGAAAGACUGAUUCCAAAACUGGCAAACCUGCAGCAGCUGUAUCAGUCCUGAAAACACCUUCAAGGAUUAGUAUAAAGAGUAAAGCACCACCUUCUCGUCUUUCAUCUCAUUCGUUGUUAUCUAACCUUUCUUCAAGUAUUUCGCCUGCUAGUUCCAUAAGUGAAUGGUCUUCAGAAUCAUCAUCAUCAACCUCCACUACGAAUCGGAAGUCUGUAUCAAGGGCCAGGAUAGAUGCUGGUGAUUCUAACAGAUCUUUGGAUGGUGAUGCCUUUGAUGUAUCAGCUUUGAGUAUUCAUCCCACCGGUCGUAAUUCAAAUCAUAAUGGAACUCAGCCAGGAUCGGUGCCUCCAUCACAAUCUGGUUCACUUUCUAGACCUCCUUCUGUUCAACCAACUGGACUUAGAAUGCCUUCACCUAAGAUCGGGUUCUUCGAUGGGGGAAAAUCGGGUGUUCGAACCCCAAAUGGCACUAUACGAUCUCAAUGUAGGUUGCCAACCGGUGUGUCUAAAACCGGAGCCACAAAUUGUAGUCCAACCAACUCAAAUGGUGUAAAAUAUGGAAAGCUUCUACCACCAAAAACAUCUGCAGCAGCUCAUACAAACCUAAAACCAAAUCCCCAGAAAACCACUCCUAAACCCUCUCAAGAACAACCAAUCACCAAACCGAAAACCUCCAGUGCCUUGAGAAACAUCAAAAGUGGUCUCAUAAUAACUUCUGAUGUUUCAGAUUGUAAGGGCGAAAUCAAGAUUGUUUCUGGUGAAGGUAACGAAAGCAAGUCAAGUUUGAACAUAUGCAAGAAUAACGGCUCAAACAAAAUAUCCCAUUUGGGAAACGAAACAUCGAGCAAAAUCGACACCGUGGAGACCACUUUUGAUGUUUCGGACCAUCAGGGCGAAAUCAAGAUUGUUUCUGAUGAAGGUAAUGUAAACGAGUCAAGUUUGAAUAUUUGCAAGAAAAUUGAUAUGAACGAAGAAUCCCAUUCGGGAAACGGAACAUCGAGCAAAAUCGACACUGUGGAGAUUGUGAAAAGUGAGUCGGGCGUUCGAUCUAACGGAUGUUUUGUUGGUGCUGUUAAGGAUGAUAAAGUGAUAACAGAUGGAUCAAGGACUCCAUUUGCUGAUAAGAAUUGUGAUGGCAAUGAGACUGGUAUGGAGGUAACUGAAAAAACUGUCAACUUUCCAUUUAUGGAAAGUCAGCUUAAGGAGAAUAGUGAAGUUAUUUGAGGAAACAUAUAUUUUAGGUAAGCCAACUGAUUGUUUUGUGUAAUUUUGGUAUUGCUUGCAAGUAUGUGAUAUGCAACAGAUGUUAUGGUGUUUUUACAUUUUUAAUGAUUUUAUGUUG